CUGUGUUUGUUUAGGGGGAAAUAGGGGGGAAUUGAAAAUGAACGGAAAAAAAAAGGAAGGAAAUGUGAAGUUUCACUUGUUUGGGAAUGAAAGAAAAUGUAAAGGGAAAAUAACAACAGUAACAAAAAGUGAUAGGGACCCACCAAAAACUUUUCUCUCCAAGUAAGGCGAGAAAAUGGAAAGAAAAUUCAUUUCACUGCAUCAUUUUCAAACCCUACCCUUCUGAAGCUCUGAAGACUCUUCUUCAACCUAUUCAGCUGUGCAUGCUACCCACUUUCAACACUAUCAACUAGUGCAAGUGUUACUAACGUCCAUUCCUCCACCACUUCUCAAUCAUUUUGGUCACGGCAUCUUGCAUCUACGGGUCAAAUCUGGAUUGUAUUGGAGCUAUAGAUGGAACACAUUUUUGUGUCAAAGUACCCAUAGCGGAUCAACCUAAAUUUCGAGGGAGAAAAGACUGGCCGACACAGAAUGUAUUAGCUGCAUGUGAUUUUGAUAUGAAGUUCACUUAUGUAUUAACGGGUUGGGAAGGAACAGCAUCUGACUCAAAAGUUCUUAAGAAUGCAUUAUCGAGGGAUGAUAAUUUUAAACUUCCACGAGAAAAAUUUUACCUUGGGGAUGCUGGAUUUAUGCUGAAGCAUGGAUUAAUUACCCAAUAUCGAAGUGUAAGGUAUCACCUAAAAGAGUAUGCAAGCCGUGGCCCAGAAAAUGAAAAAGAAUUAUUUAAUCUUCGUCAUGCUUCAUUGAGAAAUGUUAUCGAAAGGUCAUUUGGAGUUUUAAAGAAAAGAUUUGCAAUAAUCACAAGUGGCACUGAACCACAUUAUGACUUUGAGACUAUGACUGAAAUUGUGCUAGCUUGUUGCAUAUUACAUAACUUUUUAAUGGGUGUAGAUCCUGAUCCACAUCUCAUAGCUCAAGUUGACCGAGAACUACAAGAAAAUAAUCCAGAAGAGGAUGAAGUAGUUCGACAUGAACAAGAUGAAGACUAUAGGUGGGGGGCAUAUUAAGGGAUGAAAUAGCUGCUCAAAUGUGGGCUGACUAUCAACUAGGACUCUGAUCACUCAUUUACAAAAUUUUGCAAAUAAAGUUAUUAGUUGUAUUAUCUAUGCGCUGAGUUGAUUUUAUAACUAUGAUUUGUUAUUAUUGAAUUCAUGUUACCUCUUGAAGUGUUAUCAUAUUCUGUUUGAGGACUUUGGUUUGCACAAGUUGAAUCACUUUGUCAUAUGUUGUACUUAUGGAGUGUAUUGAAUCUUUAUUUGUUGAAUAAUUGAUAAGAUAGUUUACAAAUAGUUUGAUUUAAGAUUAUGG